CCUAAGCAAAGUAAACAGCAAUAGAAUUAUUCUCUAGCAGAUGUCGAAGAAUCAAUAUAUGGACAAAAGUGAAGUGUCAUUUCCAGCUGAACAUUAAAAAUAAACCAGCCCACAUGCUAUUAUACCGGAAUGCAUACUUGCAUAUGUCAGACGUAUCAUUAUCUACUGUAUUCCUGAGAGAACAUAUAUAGGUAAGCCCCGCAGUUUGCUGAUUCUAUAUAUGUUUCUCUAUCUUUGGCACAAAAAUGGGAAGAACUCCAUGCUGCAGUGAAGCAGGAUUAAAGAAAGGUGCAUGGACAGCUGAUGAGGAUCAGAAACUCAUUGCUUACAUUCAAAAACACGGCGAAGGAGGGUGGCGGACCUUGCCUCAGAAAGCUGGUCUCCAAAGAUGUGGGAAGAGCUGCCGGUUGAGGUGGUUCAAUUACCUUAGGCCUGAUAUCAAAAGAGGACAGUUCAGUGCAGAGGAGGAUCGAAAGAUCAUUCAACUCCAUUCUACUUUAGGGAACAGGUGGUCGGCGAUAGCCAGGCAUCUCCCAAAGAGAACGGACAACGAGAUCAAGAAUUACUGGAACACAUAUCUCAAGAAACGGCCAUCAGAUGUCACUCACAACCCAAUUCCCCCCUCUAGCCACUUCCAAAGUAGUUCCUCAAGGCCCCAUCUUCCCAACAACCUUGUUGCUAAGCUCGCACCAUCAUGGCGAUGCCUUGUUGAUAAAGAUAGUCCAUCAUCUGCAAUGCCAAGGCCUGUUUCUGCAUCAGCUAGUCUUCUAAACAAAAUGGCUACUAGGUUUUCCACCCCUUAUUCUUGCCUUCACACAACGUUGAAAUCAAUCUUGUCCAUGUCAGCGGAUCAUGAAAAUUAUGUUUUUGAGGCUGAUGAUAACUAUUUGCAGCCCUCUGCAUCAGCUUCAAGCCUUUCGUCAAGAUCCGUUUGCACUUCUACUAAUGGUGUAGCAAGUGAUCAAAUGGCAACUAUUGAUGAUAAUACUGCUCCACUAAUCAACCCUUUUGAUCUUGAACUCUUUAGAUAUUUUCACGAGGUUGGCGUCGACGGUGGUGUUUUGGGUACUAGCACAAGUGACGCCUAUGAUUAUAACAUGGAAUCUCCUGCCAAUAACUAUUCUCCAGAAAUUUCUGCUUAUGAUGAUGAGUUAGGUUUGAUCUCCUCCAUUGAUGCCUUGGAUACAGGACAUGGCCAUGCCCAACUUGAUCGAUCGAUGGAUGGGUCAACAAAAUUUUGCUAUUAGGGAAAGCUCUGGUAUAUCUAUUUGCAGAGAUUGCAUAUUUAGAGGUGAAAAGUGACAUUUGGGGACUUCGGAGUACUGCCGAAUUGGCAAAUUACUAUUUUAAUGUCAUGUAACCAGUUGUCCGAAUUAGUUUCUUUCCUACUUGCAAUAAGCAAUUAGAUUGCACCACACAAUUUUAUUUUCAGGUGGUCUGCAAUUGCAAGGCACUCAACUAAUCCAUACCAACAGAUUAUGAAAUAAAAGAUCGAUAAUUUGAUAUGAA